AUGUCAGCUGGAGAUAUGUGUGUGUCCGCUGCCAGGGCAGGACCGGCAGCGCGAUGGCAUCCAGCAUGCUUCGCCUGCACCACUUGCCAAGAACUUCUAGUCGACCUGGUGUACUUCUGGAAGGAUGGCCGGCUCUACUGCGGCCGUCACCACGCAGAAACCUUGAAGCCACGCUGCUCCGCUUGUGAUGAGAUUAUUCUGGCUGACGAAUGUACAGAAGCAGAAGGACGAGCUUGGCACAUGAAACACUUCGCUUGCGCAGAGUGCGCUCGGCAACUCGGCGGGCAACGGUACAUCAUGAGGGAAGCACGGCCCUACUGCCUGCCCUGCUUCGACAACUGUUUCGCGGAGUACUGUGACGCAUGCGGUGAGCCCAUCGGAGUCGACCAAGGUCAGAUGUCCCACGAAGGACAACACUGGCACGCGACAGAACGAUGCUUUUCAUGCCACACCUGCCGAGCCAGCCUCCUCGGCCGACCGUUCCUUCCACGGAAAGGUGCCAUCUUUUGCUCUAUCGCUUGUUCCAAAGGUGAACCGCCAACGCCGUCAGACUCAUCUGGACCAGGACCACGGCCUAAUAGAGCCGCUAGACCUAGGAGAAUUUCCUCACCAAAGUCACCACCGAGAACGCCCCAGAGGGAACCGUCUCCGCACAACGAUGCGGAUUCUGAGCCGAGUGCGUCUGUAGCUACAUCGGAGAUGGCCCCAGAAUCCCCACCGCCACACCCACCUCCUUUGCCUCACGCCAGUCUUAGUCUCGAUAGAGCGCUCGCUGAUUUAAGGCUGGAGCAGUCCAUGACAGAUCAUCAAAUACAAACAACCCCAAUAGAAGAAACAGAAGAAGACUGGAGACCUCCGCACCCCGUGGAAGCUCAGGCUGUAGUGACGCCGGGGCAUUCCACGUCUAUGCCGGAGCUAACUUUAGUCGAUGGUAAAAGUAAAAAGCCUCGAGGGGGACGGACCGUCCGGUUUUGUGGGGACAAUGAAGCGUUCGAACCAGACGAUCCACCGAGAUCGAAGAGGGAGAAAGUUCGUGACGACGACGCGAGCAGUUAUUGCAGCACGUGUUCGUCGUCAUCGUCUUCAUCAGAAUCGUAUACGCUGCCGACGAGGCGAGCGUAUGGCGGCGUCAGGAUAUCGUACGUGCCGAACGACGCUGUAGCCUGUGCUAAGAGAGAACGACAGAGGAAAAACCUGCAACACGAUAAAAACUGUAUAAUUUCGUGA